CGGGUAAGCCAUUAAUUUUUGCAGGAUCCAUGACGUCACUAAAAGGGGGUCAACUGCUGCUUCUUUUCAAUCGCGAGAUGUAGCUUCUACUUUCUUAGUAGUUAUUGUACGCACCUAGGACGUAAAAUCAUGGCUUCCUUUGGCUGGAAGAGGAAGAUUGGUGAGAAGGUUUCAAAGGUUACUUCAAAGCAAUUUGAAAGUGAAGCAGCAGAAGAAGGUGGUGUUCACAGGGAUGAUGAAGUUGACUGGCUCCAUGCUUGCAAACGAAGAAAGGAAAUUCUUUUGGAAGAUUGUGCUGAUAAAAGUAAGAGACUGAAAGAUGAGGGUUCACUUUUAGCAGAAAGUGGAAGGCAUCAGGAAGCUGUUGGGAGGUGGGAUGAAGCAAUACAAUUAACACCAGAAGAUGCUGCUCUGUAUGAGAUGAAAGCACAGGUGUUGAUGUUAUUGAAUGAGGCCUUCCUAGCAGUACAAGCAGCAGAAAUGGCAGUACAGCGAAGCCCCCGGUGGUGGAUGGCACGGCAGACCCUUGGACGUGCACAACUUGGUAUAGGAGAAGUGAUGCUGGCUUUAAAGAGUUUCCAGGUGGCCCUACAUAUAAAUCCAUCAGAGUCUACUUUAUGGAAAGAUGAUCUGGCUUGGGCUCUACAACUUCGAGAACAGCAGAAAGAAGCAGAGAGGCUGUUGGCAGAAGCAAACGCUCCAGAUCUUGGGCAAAAAGCAAUCCCAGACUUUGACUUUGAAAGUGACGAGGUGAUUGCAGCUUGUGCUGCAAUUGCAGAAAAACAAAAGCAUACUCAGAAAACCACUAUCCUUGUUUCCAGUGCGGGCAACGUAGAAACCAUAACUCAGAAGAAUGAAACAACAACUGAUGUUGCUGAUGCAUUUGUCAGAGCUCGAUAAUGGAGCUACUUGCUGUUACUGGAUUUAUUUGUUUAAACUUUGCUACUAGUUACUGACUGGUCAUUAGCAAGAACAUUUUAAAAGUCCUCAAAUGCCUCUUUUUGUCUGUCAAGUAACCAUAUGUAGAUAUUUAUGUUUGCGACACUUCUGUUUUUAAGUAGCUAAUACAUUUACCAGAAUAUCAAUAUAUAUAAAAUGGAGUGUUGGGCAAAGUUCUUGGAUGCUGCUCCUUUUUCCCCAUCUCUGUGCUCUACUAGGGCAGGCUUUUAUUACCUUGCCCUGAGAAUAGGGGUACUUUGAGGCAGCUGUUUCAGGUGUGAAGCUUUUAUUAAAAUGAUGUAGUAUUUUAUUUACAUUUUCA